AUGUGGAUUCGUUAUUCACAUCGGCCCUACGUAUUCUGGUGCAAGAGACGCAAGGAGGCCUAUGGCGAGGCUCGUAGCCCACUGAAGAUUGCGCACCUCAUGAUGUUAUUCGAAUUUUGCCAAAAAGCGUACUUUAUCUUUGCUAGAAAAUCCUAUGAACAGAUGAAAAGAUCUCUAAUGGGCUCCCCGAUCUCCGGUCUAAUAGCAGAAUUGGUCCUACAUGACCUAGAAAACACUGGGUUUACUCAACAUGAGCCUGUCUUUUGGCACCGUUACGCUGACGACACAUUUGUUAUGAUAAAGACCAUACUUCGAAACUUCUAUAACUUGCCCAAUGGAAUAUUUCCUUACAUCAAAUUCACGAGCGAAGAAAAACAACAGCAGCAGCUGCCUUUCCCCGAUGCCUCCGUCAUAAGAACGCUCAAUUAUGAAAUUGACACGACAAUUUACACGGAGCCAACGAACUUAAUACAACUUCUCAGUUUUCACAGCACCAUCCGGUUGCUCAUAAACGAAGCUGUGUCAGAAGGUUCUUUAAACGGAUUCCGGUUCACUGUAACCAAACUGAAGGAACACGCAGGUCGCGCAUACAUGAAAAUAAGGCGGCUGUACAACAAGGCCCCGAUUUGGCAAGUUGCAGCUCACACCUAUGAAACAAGCCAUGAGUUCAACUUCGCAGCCAUCAAGAUAUUCACCCAACACCGGAAACGUGACGAGUGGAGAACUGAUUGA